AGAACCCAAAAUGUGAAAAUCAUUUCUCCUCUAAUCCCUCCCUCGUAAAAUUGUGUCUUUUUAACUUGCCGUUUCGCAGCAGAACUCAAAUUCAAAUUGUCAAAGCUCGAAGCACCAGCGACCAGACAUAAACCAAACCAUCAACCUUUUGAUUGAAUGCAGCCAAGACCAAAACCAAACUAAUCUUAAGCACACCACCAACAACAACGACCACAUCAACUGCGUCAUCACUGACAGACCAAAAAUUGUGACCAUUUAAUAGGCCACACCUAAAAUGAGAUCCACCUCCCCAUUUAAACCUCUCAACCAACAGCUCAGGUCCCUCUGCUCUUAUUCCCCUGCUUUGCGUCUCAAGGCCUCCUGCUACUUCAAAAGGACAUAUCAUUUUCUCUGCUUAUCAGAAUCUCGCCUUUUCUCUUCAUUGCAAUCUGGUUCAUUUAUGGAGGCGGUAAAGGUAACUAAUCAAGGGUCUGCAACUCGUGACAGUGUUGCUAUUAGAUCUGAUCACAAGAGUUACAGUUACAAUCAACUAAUCUCUUCUGCAUCAAGUAUAUCUAGCUUGUUAUCUAGUCGUCACUUGAACGCAACUUCCGAAGCAAGUAAGUAUGAAUCUCCUUCAGCAGCAAUUGAUUGUGGAAGAGGACAAGGGCAUCUUGGAGGGGCUAGAAUAGGAAUUGUGGCUAAGCCCUCAGCUGAAUUUGUUGCUGGUAUACUUGGGACCUGGCUUAGUGGAGGUGUUGCGGUUCCACUUGCUCUCAGCUAUCCUGAAGCUGAGCUCUUGCAUGUGAUGAAUGAUUCAGAUGUCUCCAUGAUUCUGAGUACUGAAGAUCAUCAGCAACUUAUGGAAAAUGUUGCUGCUAAAUGUGCUGCUCAAGUUUCUCUUAUUCCACCCGUUCCUAGUAGUUCUUCAGAAAAAAGUGCAGAUGGUAAUUUACAAGCUGGAGAAAUAGACGCAGAUAGAAUUUUUCACCGGAAUAAAAAGCAAUCAAGUGCGGAUCCUGCAUUAAUUAUAUACACUAGUGGCACAACAGGAAAACCUAAAGGAGUUGUGCACACGCACAAAAGCAUCAGUGCACAGGUCCAAACCUUGGCAGAAGCUUGGGAGUAUACAUAUGCUGAUCAGUUCUUGAAUUGUCUACCACUACAUCAUGUUCAUGGGCUUUUCAAUGCUGUACUUGCCCCCCUCUAUGCUGGUUCGACGGUUGAGUUUAUGCCAAAAUUUAGCGUGAGGGGUAUUUGGCAGAGAUGGCGUGAAUCAUAUCCAAUAAAUGGAACUAAGGCAGCUGAUGGCAUAACUGUGUUUACAGGAGUUCCGACCAUGUAUACUCGAUUGAUACAAGCUCAUGAAGCAAUGGAUCCAGAGCUAAAAGCUGCCUCUGCCUAUGCUGCAAGACAGUUGCGUCUUAUGAUGUGUGGUUCCUCUGCACUCCCUCAACCUGUAAUGCAUAAAUGGGAAUCCAUCACAGGACAUCGUCUUUUGGAACGAUAUGGCAUGACAGAGUUUGUCAUGGCAAUAUCAAACCCCUUAAGAGGUGAGCGGAAGGCAGGGACGGUUGGAAAACCAUUUCCAGGUGUGGAGGUAAGGAUUGUUGCAGAAGAUGACAGUGGAAGUGAUAGUACAGGCGUGGGAGAGCUUUGUAUCAGAAGCCCUUCAGUAUUCAAGGAAUAUUGGAAACUUCCUGAGGUAACCAAGGAAUCAUUUACAAGUGAUGGGUUCUUCAAAACUGGAGAUGCUGGUACAGUGGACGAAGAUGGGUACUACAUCAUAUUGGGACGUACUAGUGCUGAUAUUAUGAAGGUUGGUGGAUACAAGUUAUCUGCAUUAGAAAUCGAAUCAGUUCUUUUACAGCACCCGGCUGUGGAGGAGUGUUGUGUGUUGGGCUUGCCAGACGAAAACUAUGGAGAAAUUGUUUGUGCAAUAAUUGUGCCAGAGGUUGAAGCGAAGAGGAAACAAAAGGAAGAACUGAGACCUGCUAUAAGCUUGGAGGAUCUAUCUGCUUGGGCAAAAGACAAACUUGCACCAUACAAGAUACCGACACGACUGCUUCUGUGGGAUUCACUACCUCGGAAUGCGAUGGGAAAGGUGAAUAAAAAAGAGUUGAAGAAAACUCUGGCUUCUGAUUCAUAGACUUGAUUGCAGAACAGAAAGAAAGGAAUUAAGAAUUCAUCGUAGGAAGUAUCCUUGUCAUGCAGUUGUGGAACGUGACUGAUGAAUGUCUGGUAGGGUAGUCUAGAUAAAGUGAAUAUGAUGCAGCGAGUUGAGGGAAAUCAAUUGUUGAAGCUCUUUGCAGCUAAUCCACAAUUUUUUUUCUGUAUAGAUUUCUGAAUAAAGAAUAAACUUAGAAUCAGUAUGUAAAGACGAAGUUAAAAAUAUCUAAUUGACCUCAUCUCAUUUAAAGCUA